CGAGCAGGUACGUCGAGCAGGUAGUUUGAAUUUGUAGAAGCAAACUUUUGAAGAACCAGUUACCAUGACGGAAGAGGCACGAAUGUCUGUGGAGUUGAAGGAGUCUGUACAACGAACGUAUGAUAAAGCAGCGAAGUCAAGACCUGAAAAUACUCAGCGUGCUUACGGGAAGCGUCAACAGGAGUUCAUGCAGUGGUGUACUGCGAAAGGAAGUGCUUUCAACGAACUCACGCGGUUCACGGUGACUGGAGAAAAGUUGCAUCUCUUUUUGGAAGAGUGCGUCAUCGGAAGAGCAAAACGUCACCGUGGAUCACAAAAAAAGACAGAAGAGAAGUCACAGUUGGGCGUUCGACAGUGAAUAGCUACGUCGCCGCGAUGGUUGACCUGUGGAAACAGCAAGCUAGGGCUAAAAUCAACAGCCAUCCUUCUCCAAGAGACGAUGCUGUUACCGCGUUGCUCAAGCUGACUCAGUACGAAGAAGAUAAUCGUAAGAGGAAGAAUGACGAAGAUCGUGGUGCUGACACUCUUUUAGAUGGCUACACUGCAACAGAACAAAUUCAACAAGUUGCUAGCUACUUCUGGGAUACAAAAGGUGAUUCUGGAACUAGUUUGCGGAACCUGUUGGCUU